CGAUUACUAUCAUGGUUUUCCGUGGCGACCGUUUCAUUCUCAACCUCGACUCUGAGGAUGAACAAGAAGAACUCCCACCCGCCUCCUCUGAGGGGGCCUCCACCCUCGCCAUUCCCGGGAUGAUCGGUGAGAUUCGUGAACGCGCCCCCGCCGCAAACCCCGCGCCGCCGACCCUCAAACCCACCACCACCGGCUUUCCCGCUCAUCGUCGGCGCAAUAAGCCGUCUGCCUUCAAACAGCGCCGAGCUCAGGACUCAUCAUCGGCCACCGCAUCGUCCGCAGCCUCUUCGAACAUCCCCACCGAGAAGGACGAGAAGCAGGCCAUCGCGGAACAGAACGACCGACAAUUGGCCUCGAUGUCGCAGGCCCAAAUCCAACACGAACGUGAAGAGCUUCUCGAGUCUUUGGAUCCAUCUCUACUUGAGCGAUUCCUCCGUCGAGCCCGUAUCGAUGACGCUGAUUCUACCCCUUCAUCCACGCAACAACCACCGCAACCAUCAUCCAAGGAGCAACAGCCUGAAAAACCAACCGAAGAUCAUGCACAUAAUCCAGCCACUAUCACCACCACACCACCACCACCAGCAUUGAAACAGGAUGUACAGGCCUCUAACCAACAUCAACAACCACCACCCUCAUCAUCCUCGCCACCACCGGCAGAAAACAACUCCGCAAUCGACGAUCUCCCACCCGCUCAACUCCCCUCCGACCUCCAUCCUGCCGCCGCCGCUUCUCUCCCCCUCUCCGGAUCCGUGCACUUCCCCACCGCCCCCUCCGCAUCGUCCAUGCCGAAUCUCGAUCCCUCGUCCCCGAAUUUUCUCUCCGAUCUCCAAACGCACUACUUCCCCAACAUCGCCCACGACCCUUCCAGUCUCAGCUGGCUGCAACCUCCCUCCGCCUCCGACGAAGACCCCGACUCGAGCUCCCCCUACCACCCCGCCAGCACCGCCCAGGCCAUCCAUCCAGCUCAUCUGCGCUUCUCCUUACUGGGCACCAUCCUUCCGCCGUCGACCUCAUUGUCACUUCCCACAAGUCUAGGAUUGCAUCACCACGGCAAAGACCCCCACGCAGCGGGGUACACGAUCCCCGAGCUGGCGAUCUUGAGUCGCUCGACAUUCGCCGCACAGCGGUGCAUCGCGUGGCAGGUCCUGGGCCGCAUCUUGUUUCGACUGGGGAAGGGUCAAUUCGGAGAGAGAGGAACUCCGCUGGUUGAGGGAUUGUGGGCCACAGUCGAGAAGGAGGGAGUGGUCGCGGGCAUGUUGGCGGAAGCGGACGAUUCAGGAAAUACUGAGUGUGCCCAGAAACGAGGGCCGCAGAAGGAGGAGGGAGAAGAAGAAGAAGACGCGUCCACAUCCGCCAAAGAUGCAGGGAGACGGCGACACCACGCCAGCGCGACCGCGUGGGCUGUGGAAGGAGUCUGGCUGUGGCAGAUGGGCGGCGGAGGGGAUCGUGGGAUUCUCAAAGAAGGCGCUGUUCGCUCUCAGUGACACCCCGGACUUCUUUCAUCUCGGGGAACCAAGGGGAUUGGAGGCGAAUCAGCUUGGAACGGUAUGAAGUCAAC